GUCAUUCAUAUUUUUAAUGGAAAAUAAGGACUCUUCAUCGGGGAAGUCUUCCCAUGUGACGCUUUAUGCCAAUGAUAGCAGUCAGCCAUCGAGAGCUGUCAUGAUUUUUUGUGAUCUCAAUGGAAUUAAAUAUGAGAAGAAAGUUAUAAACGUAUUUGCAGGAGAGCAAUUUUCACCUGAAUACAAAAAGCUCAACCCAGCGAGCCAGGUCCCUUGAUUGGUUGAUGGAGACUUUGUAAUCUCUGAAUCACACACAAUUUUGAAGUAUCUGCAUGCCACAAGAAAUUGAGCUGAUCAUUGGUAUCCUUCAGAUAUUUUAAAGCGGACUAAGAUUGACGAGAUCCUGGACUGGCAUCACACAAACUUACGUGAAGGCGUUCACACUUACAUUCUGAGGAAGAUAGUUUACCCGAUGAUGGGAAAAGAAACUCCUGAGUGGGAGCUAAAGGAUUUGCUAAAGAAAUUUAAGAAAUCUUGAAAAUAUCUCAACACAUUAUUGAAAUCCUCAGAUUAUCUUUUCGGAAAAGAAAUGACGAUUGCUGAUCUAGCUAUUUUUUCGGAAUUUAUUGACUACAAAUUGCAUCCGGAUUUUGAUGUCUCUUCUUAUCCAGAAUUACAGAAAUGGUCUGAAAGAAUGCAAAGUGUACCAGAGGUGGUGAAUGCAUGCUAUACCACCUUAAAGGGAGCAGAGAAGAAUAAAUUAGCUAAGAUCUAGUAAGCUUUUAGAUUCAAUUGAUUGAUAA